CUUUUUUCUUUCGUUCUCUGUUCUCUCUGCCUUUCUGUUUUAAGGGUUUCGAGGUCUCGAAUCUUUCUCUUCAACGAAGAAGAAUUACCAGAUAAAAACAUACACCCCUAGAAAUCGCAUCUGAUCUCUCUCUUUAAUAUCCACGAGUUUCUGGGAUUUCAUUCCAAGAUUUAAAGCUUAUUUUGAUCCAUGAAGUAAAAUAGAGGUGAAGAAGAUUUGUACAUUUUGUUAGUUUUGCUGGCUUGAAAUCUUCGGUUCUGUAUAUCAGGUAAUUUAAUUUCCUGGGUUGGAGAUUUGUUCGGUUCAGAAGGGAAGACAAAAUGGUGUCAAUUGGAAGAAAAUUUUGUUGAUAAUAAGUAUUGAGUUCGAGGGGAAGAAAGAAGAUAUUGUUUUGUGGAUAAUAGGUAUUCAGUUUGAGAUCCAGGGAUUUUAUUGAUUUUUUUGUGUGCAUGAAAUUUAGAAUUAGGGUUUGAUGGAUAUGGAUGAAGUAAGGGGGGAUGUAGCAUCCCUAGAUAUUGAUUUAUUGCAGUUACCUGAGUUGUCUCCAAUAGCACUUAAAUCAAAUCCUCACAUUGCUGAAGAGUUGUUCUCAAAGUGGCUUUCACUACCUGAAACCAAUCGACUGGUGAAAUCUUUGCUUGACGAUGCUAAAGCGGGGUCUCCCCUCAAUGUGGCAGGGAGUUCUAGUAGCUCUACUGCUGGUUCGGGCAAUUUACUGCCUUCAAUGUUUCCAGCAGGCAGUGCACCUCCCCUUUCACCUAGAAGUUCAUCUGGUUCUCCGCGUUUUAUGAAACGCCAAGGCGUUGGUCCCUCUUCUUUAGGUUCUCCUUUAAAAUUAGUGAAGGAGCCAGUAAGAGAAGUCAUACCCCAGUUCUACUUUCAAAAUGGUCGCCCGCCACCAAAUGAACUGAAACAGCAAUGCUUGGCCAGAAUUAAUCAGAAUUUUGCUGGGCACUUAGACACUGGGCUUCAAGUUCAUGAAUUUAAAUUAGUGACAAAGGACAUCUGCAAGUUGCCAUCAUUUUUUUCUAGCUCUCUUUUCAAAAAGAUUGAUGGGAACUGUACUGGUGUUGUCACAAGGGAUGCAUUUGUUGAUUGCUGGAUCAAUGGCAACAUGUUGACUAUGGAUAUAGCAACCCAAAUAUUUACAGUUCUGAAGCAACCGGAUCGUAGAUACCUCACUCAGGAAGACUUCAAACCUGUUUUACGAGAACUUUUGGCUACUCAUCCUGGUUUAGAGUUUUUACAAAGCACGCCAGAGUUUCAGGAAAGAUAUGCGGAAACUGUCAUAUACAGAAUAUUUUUCUAUGUGAAUAGAGCAUGGAAUGGCCGUCUUACCUUGCGGGAGCUGAAACGUAGCAAUCUAAUUACUGCAAUGCAACAUGCUGACGAGGAAGAGGAUAUCAACAAGGUUUUGAGAUACUUCUCAUAUGAACACUUCUAUGUUAUAUACUGCAAGUUUUGGGAGCUUGACAUGGACCAUGAUUUCUUGAUCGAUAAAGAGAACCUUAUCAGAUAUGGUAACCACGCCCUUACAUAUCGAAUCGUGGACAGGAUUUUCUCUCAGGUCCCUAGAAGAUUUACUUGCAAGGUUGAGGGGAAGAUGGGAUACGAAGAUUUUGUUUAUUUCAUGCUAUCGGAGGAGGAUAAAUCAUCUGCACCCAGUCUAGAGUAUUGGUUCAAGUGUAUAGAUUUGGAUGGAAAUGGUGUCCUAACAUCCAACGAAAUGCAGUUUUUUUAUGAGGAGCAGUUGCAUCGCAUGGAGUGUAUGGCCCAGGAGCCUGUGCUCUUUGAGGAUAUUUUGUGCCAGAUGGUUGAUAUGGUUGGACCAGAGAAUGAAUGCCAUAUUACGCUGCGUGAUUUGAAGGGUUCCAAACUGUCAGGAAAUGUAUUCAACAUCCUUUUCAAUCUUAACAAGUUUAUGGCUUUUGAAACACGUGACCCGUUUUUGAUUCGUCAGGAACGUGAAGAACCAACUUUGACAGAGUGGGAUCGCUUUGCACAUAGAGAAUAUAUUAGGCUUUCAAUGGAAGAAGAUGGUGAAGACGCCUCUAACGGAAGCGCAGAAGUUUGGGACGAAUCACUUGAGGCUCCAUUUUGAGCUCAAGCAGAUGGGUUGACUAGAAAAAUUGUUGGACACUUGCUUGCAUGAACACAGUUUGCACCAAAAUUGAGAUUAUCUUCAGACAGGGAAUACUCCUACAAUCUUAGAAGAAGCAACCUUCAACAACCGUUAUUGUCAUGGAGAAGUCUGGGCAUGGAUAUGUGAAGUUUAAACUUGUUGUGCAUCUUUCCUGGCUGACAAGCAAGAUGAGCUCCUGUGCUGCUCGUUGAAGAACAGUGAAUCAGCAGAUUCAUCAUGGAAGAGGAGCUCCAGUUGUUGAUUGGUGAUUAUUCAUCUUCAUCUUCCAGUAACAACAUUGGUUUCAGGAUGCAUUUUUUUGUCAUAAUUUUUUGGAAAUUCAGUUCGGUUAUGGUUGUUUUUUCUUUGUAAAACUCCUCGAUGUUCGGUUUGUGGGAAGUGCGGGUUGUGUUUUCGUGUCAUGUGGCUUUUGUUAUUUUUACUCUUGGGGGGUCCGAUAGAAGUUGUUUGGCCUCUAAUCUCAUAGUUUUUUUUAACUAAGAACUGUUCACCGUGGUUCUCAAAUAUUAAUAUACUGCCCUUACUUCCUA